CUCUUCGUGUUUCUCGUAUUCAUAGUGCCUAUAAACGUAUUGUAAAAAACGUUUAAUGAUAAUUUUGACACGGAAAACACAAAGGGGCAUAAAGACAAUAAAGUUUAAGACAAGGCAAUGGGUACAACACCGAGUCGAUAUGAUGAUCUGUCUAAAAACGUUUAUUUAGAGACUUUUUGUGGAAAAAAGAGUGUUCUUCCAAAUGAUCCAUUUUGGAAUACUUUCCUGUCUUACAAUAUGCGACCACCUGUUACAAGAAAUGACCAAAUAGAAUUAGAUUCUCGAUUGGAUUCCUCGUGUCAACAAUUACUUGCUAAUAAUUUAAAUACUGGCAAUUUUGGUAGUUUAAUACGAGUUGCUCUUAUGCGUGCUAGUAAUUUACUUGCACCAAUGCAAAAUCAAAAAAUCAUAUCAGCAUGGCAAACAUAUAAUGCAUUGUUUGCAGUAAGAUGUAUAUUGAAAUAUUUAAUUGAAACAGUUGGCGAGGAAGAAAUGAUAAAGCAUAUAGAAGCACCACAAUCACUAAUGCCAGCACAGUCAAAUUCAUCUUAUAGAUUAAAAGAUCUUUUUGAAGCAUUAGUUGAUAUAAUAACAGAUGUUCCAUUAUGUGAGUUCACAUAUGUCGUUCAUCUAGAAGCAAUAAAUUGCUUACUUGUACUACUUUCUGUGCAACUGUUUUCACAAACUGCAGCUGAAUACAGCUCUAUCUACAGAAUAGCCAUGCAUUCACAUUCUAGUGAACAUGCACCAGCAAUGGUGUGUACAUUAUUGCAUAAUUUUGUACAACAAGAACAUGCUCCUCCUGGUUUACUUACACAGCAACCAGGAGGAAGUAUUGUUUUCAGUAUAGCUGCUGGGUUAUGGAAUGUAAUUACAAUGGGAAUGGGUAGUAGCUUAAAAAAUGUACAAGUUACAAGCAAUGGUACUUCUGAAGAAGAAGAACGAAAACGUGAUACGGAAACCCCUCUUGCUAGUCAAUCAUUAUUAUUGUUAUUGGUAUUAACAAAUCAUUGUACUGCAACUCAAAAUCCUUAUAGGAAUGCACUUUUUACAUUUGUUGACAUGCAAGAAGAUUAUUCCACAAUGCAAAUGAAAAGCGCGUUUAAGUUUAAUUUAAAUAAAUUGUAUAGUACCAUAUGUAAAAUACCAAACACAGAUGAAGUUACAUUAUUAUUAUAUAUGUUACUACAUAGGAAUUCAAGUGUAAAACAAGAUAUAAUGAGAAGAGCAGAUAUACAAUUAUUGGUAACGCCAAUACUUCAAAUAUUAUAUCAUGCCCCAAACAAUACAUCGCACCAUAUUUAUAUGUCCCUCAUUAUUCUUUUAAUUUUAAGUGAAGAUGAAACAUUUAACAAAAGAAUACAUGAAAUAAUGCUUAAGGGUGUGAGUUGGUAUACUGAAAGAUCAAUAAGUGAAAUAUCAUUAGGAGGUCUUUUAAUUCUUGUCGUCAUAAGAACUAUACAAUAUAAUAUGUUUAAAAUGAGAGAUAAAUAUCUUCAUACAAAUUGCUUAGCAGCUUUAGCAAAUAUGUCUGCACAGUUUACAUCCUUACAUCCUUAUGUUAGUCAAAGGUUACUAAGUUUGUUUGAAACUCUUGCAAAAAAGCAUGCUCGAUUAGAAAUAAAAAUACGCACGCAGCCUUCUAUUCCUUCUGACAGCACUACUAUUACAAUUAAUGGAACAACGGCAAAUACAGAUUUGAUCCAAGACUUGACAAUACUUGAAGAAGUUUUACGAAUGGUAUUAGAGAUCAUAAAUAGCUGUUUAACUCAUAGACUUGCACACAAUCCAAACUUAAUAUAUACCCUUUUAUACAAGAAAGAUAUUUUUCAACCAUUUAGAACGCAUUCAGCGUUCCAAGACAUUGUGCAAAAUAUAGAUUCUGUCAUCAAUUUUUUUUCUUAUAAAUUGGAACAAAAGGAUCAAUCACAACUUGGCGUAAGUCAGGUAUUAACUACAAUUCAGCAAGGUACUAGUGAAUGGCCACAUGACCGUUUAAGGAAAUUUCCAGAACUAAAAUUUAAAUACGUAGAAGAGGAACAACCAGAGGAAUUCUUCAUUCCUUAUGUGUGGAGUGUUGUAUGUCAUAGUGCACUCUUACAUUGGAACGCAGAAAAUAUAAAAUUAUUUUCACCUCAUAGUGGUGAACAAACAACAAUUAUCGUUUGCUGAUACUGAGAUAAGAGCUGCUGUUUGCAGUAAACAUAUGAGAUAUAAACCAAGUAAAAAAUAUUAAAAGCGAUAUUUCUCCAUGAAACAUUUAUUUGAUACAGAAAGAACAAUAUAUUAUUUAUUGUAAAGGUAAUCAAAGGAAGAGAAUAGAGACUAAUCCAAAACAAUACAUAUUCAUUUUCUGACCGCAAUCGUUUUGUCAUUUCAUUUUCUAAAAUAAUAGUUCUGUUUAAGUAAUGGGUAAUAGUUAAAUUCAAUUAAUC